AUGUCUAACCUAAAGCUGAAAGAGGCAAGCUUGUCUUACCUUGACAGGAGUGGAGGCCUUCAGAAAUUUAAAGAUGAUUGCAAGCACUAUAAUGAGUCAAAGCAAAGUUAUGCUGUAUAUAGGUUCCAUAUUUCAAUAAAUCCUUCUGACCCUUGUUGAAUUGGAUGCAGUUCUUGGAAAUAUAUUUUACACGAACCUUUGAAAGCUGCUCAACUCUUUCAAUCAGUUUGUUUUGUAGCUGUUAAAACUCUUUCUUAUCGAACAGUACAGACUGAACUCAAAUUAAUAUAGUGCCUGAAAUUAACACAUUUGCCUCUUCUGCCAAGUUAUGAGCUUGACCUUUGUGAGUUUCCAUUUGAUUACCUCACUCAGAGGUUUUAUAUGGUACAAGGAAUAAUAAUUGCAAUGACAACAGUAACUAAAUAUACACACGGAGCAAGAUUCCUUUGUUCAGAUGAAACAUGCACCUCUCUCGAAGGAUUUCAAUAUAUAAGAGUGCAUGUGCCUGGUGCCACAGAAUCCACAACAGUGAGAAAUGAUUUCUUGUGUAAUCUGUGUACCUCCCCACUUCGAGAAGACAGGAAGUUUAGAGUACUUGGUGAUAAACAGAUAGCUGAAAUAAUCACAGCAAAGUCACUUACUGCUUCAGGAUGUCCCAACAAUCAGCCAAUGAGAUUUCAGUCUCUUCCAGUUUUCCUAAGAGAUGAAUUAAGCAAUAAAAUCAAAAAGGAAGUGACUAUAUAAAUUGUUGGAAUUCCAACUAGUGUUAAAAACUCUUCACAAACCACUGUAUGUAUAGAGGCCAACAGCAUAAAUUUGUACAGCCCAAAAGUUCCUUCUGGUAUUAGUGACAACUUCAGGUAUCUCCUGUCCUUGACUUCAAGCUCAUGCUGGAAAUUUACAGCUAUACUAGCCAACAUUUUUGCAUCACAGAUCAUUCCUCCAGGGACUUACAACGUGUUAAAACUUUGUUUGCUGAUGAGUCUAGUACAGACGAAUGAUAGAAACAAAGAAGUUGAAGAUUACCUAGACAUUUUAAUUGUAACAAGUGAUAUACUACUUAUAGACAGGCUUUUGAACUUCUGUGUAUGUCUUGUGCCUCGUGGUAUACGUCAUCCAAUGUCUAGUGAAAUUUUCCCCACUCUAUCCAGAGAUAAAUAUGGAACUGGAGUUGCUAGCAUUCAAGCUUGCAGUGCCUUACUAGCCAAAGAUGGCAUCUGCUACAUAGGAGACUUAUCAUCACAUAAAAAAGAUAAACUUGAACUGCUUCAAUCUGUUUUAGAAAGUAGAAGCAUUACAGUGCAUAUUCCUGGAAAGAAGUAUGGAGAUGGUGUUGAUCAGCAAGUUACCUUCUCAGUUCAGUCCAGUUUUUGGUCUUUUAUUGAUGUGGACUCAUCCUCAAAGAGACAUGUACAUAGAAACAGCACUUUAAUUGGUCAAGUGGAUUUCAGUUUGAUUCCCUCUAACCUUACGGAUGCAUUUGGACUAUUGAUUUAUUGUAAUGAAUCAUCUCCUUGCCACUCAGUUCUUCCUUCUGUACAACACAGUUUAAAAAAAGCCAUUGAGCCUGAAAAGGUGUUUUAUGAAGCUUCUAAAAAGUUUACAGAACAAGAUUAUGAAAAGCUAAUUGCGUUUGCAAAGAAUCUGCAUGUAGAGAUCAGUUUGGAGGCAGAAAAAAUGAUUCAUGGCUAUUACCUAGCAAGUCGCAGAAUCAGGACAGAUUCUAUACAUGGAUCAAAGCUAUCGACAUCAGCACUGAAAUGUUUAGUUUCUCUAUCUGAAGCACAUGCUAGGUUGAGUUUAAGAAAUCUGGUGCUUAAAGAAGAUGUUUUAAUUGCAGUUUUAUUAUUUGAAACAUCUCUGACGCUGAAAUAUGGGGCUGCUGCAUUUUGUAUAGCUCCAAAUGCAGUAUUUCCAUUUGAACUCUGUGGUGAAGAACAUUUAGAGCAAAGGGAUAUUUAUUUAAUUCAGUGCCAACAACAGCUUCAAGAGUUUAUUUCAGCAUACGCACCAGGUUCAGUUAUUGCUACAAGUGAGGAAUAGUCAUGUUUGGUAUUUUGGGCUUGUGGUGGAAAAAACUAUAAAAAGAUGUCCAACUUUGGGAACAAACUAAAAAUUGUAUUUCAAACCUCUAAAAAUGCAAAGUUGACCAAAUGCUAGUUCUAAGGAGACCAAAAGAAGUCAUGAUAUAACAAGAAUUAUAAUUGACAAGUCAAGGAAUAAGCAAAGUUGCCACGUGUAACCCUGCAAGAGAAGCAUUUCUGGGCAUGUCGUAGCAGAGAAGGGAUGAAAAUAGUGUUUCGUUCUGUGAAAUGUUAUCAGGUUUUAAAAGGUGUAAUUCAUGCCACAAGAUGGAAACAUUUAAAUAGUGAAAUGAUUGUACUAGGUGGAUCCAGCCUCAGACACUUUGACACUUACUAGCUGUGACCCUGGGCAAAUCACUUAACCCUCAUUGCCCUGACCCCACCAACCCCCCCCCCAAAAGAAAAAAAUGAUGUUGGCACAAAUUCAUGAAGUUUAAAAUUUAUGUAAUUUUCAGAUAUUGUUAGCUGGGGCACUGACAAAGUGGAUUAAGAUCUUAGUUCUAGGUAAAGUUAAAGUCUCAAAAAUAAACAUGUAGAGGAACCAGCUCAAAGCUUGUUUCACAUUUAUUAACAUAGCUUUUAAAUAACUAUUGG